GUGGCCUCUUUCCCCGGCCGUCAGCAUGGUUUUCAACAAACUCGUCGAACUUGGGCGUGUGGGCUAUAUUGCCUAUGGCCCAGACAGCGGCAAACUAUGCGCAAUUGUCAACAUCAUUGAUCAGAAUCGGGCCCACGUUGAUGGUCCACAGAUUAAGCGUCAGUCGAUCAACUUCAAGGAGCUUCAUCUGACAUCAUUUGUCAUCCCCAAUGUUGCUUAUGGCUGCCGCAAUGGAACACUCAUGAAGAAGUGGACUGCGGAGAAGAUUGAUGAGAAAUGGGCCGAAACCACCUGGGCCAAGAAAAUCGCCAACAAGGCAUUGAGGGCCAAAUUGGGUGACUUCGACCGAUUCAAAUUGAUGAAGGCGAAACAAUAUAGAAACCGACUCAUCAAUCUGGAGUUUGGCAAGAUCCGAAAAGAGUCCAAGAAGGCACCACCCAAGAAACGACGGGUGAACAAGGUUCCUCAUUUAAAGUAAAUUAACUGUAAUAUACAACUAAACAAAAAAAAUAAGAAAGACAUAUUUGUUGUCUCUU